AGUGAUGAAAGCGAGAGCUGCACCGUGAAGUCGGCCGUGCCGCUGCAGAUAGGAGACGCUGUCUCAGACUCCUCUCGGCCCGGCGUCUACAUAACAGACAUCUCCCUCGCCGAGCCGCUGGACAUUCAGGAGAUCUCCUUCAAGAACUACUACACGGCGUAUCUGACGGUGCGUCUGCAGCGGAGGACGGGGCGCUUCUGCGAGUGGGUGACCUGCUUGAAACCACUGCCUCAUAAGCAGAGCAACCCGCAUGAGGCGGCUCACCGCGACUACUUCUCCAUCCACAGACAUCAGAUGUUGGUGGAGCCUGAUAACGUGACGAUGGUGAGACUCAUCCUGCGACAGCCCUCCUCCGAAUGGAUCGAUUUCAGCGUCCAGGAAAUUAACAUUUACCCGUCUGCUAAAGAGGACUCGGAGCGAGACGUUCCUGCCUGGAUAUCUACCCUCACACCUGUAGAGGAACCUCUCGAUCUGAAUGGACUUCCUGAUCCAGAGACGGUUUCCUCCAGCAUCCAGCAGAUGUGGGCACUGACUGAGAUCAUGCAGGCGAGCCAAACCGCGGCUUCCAUCGGACGCUUCGACGUGGAAGGCUCUUAUGACGUCAAACUGCUGUCGUACACGUGAAGGGAAAGCUGAAAACCCAACCGUAUUUCAAGAACAUCAACUGUUUAUUAUUUAAUUUCUUAAAGUAGCGACUUCGUGUUUAAAGCGCGCAGUCCGUUGCUUUUUUUGUGUUUAAAAUUUGCAUAAGAGAGUACACCAUGCAUCCAUUUUUUUGUGUUUUUGGCUCGUCCUGAAUCAUUACGGUACACCUUUAAUAAGUAUUCAGCGGAGUAGUCCAGUACCUGCGUGAUUCGCCAUAGACAAACAGAAAGAAGUAGAUCCGGCUACAUUGUUCUUCCGCAAGACGCACACAGUUCUGUUUAUUAACUGCUAGAGCGCUAACAGUUACAGACUGCAGCUUUAAAAUUAUAGUUUUAUUUAUAUAUUUUUUCCCACUUAAUGUUUAUAUCUAUUGUAUAAUAUAUUGUUUGAGCCUUUCAGCACAAACCAUUUCAAAUUAAUCGAAGUUAUCGAAAGCCUGUAUUUUAUCGGUUGCCAUCUAAAUUAGAUUGCUUUACGCUUUUGUGUAUUUACAAGCAAUAAAAUAAUAGUCUGUGUGCGCAAA